UCUCCCUCUCAUUGGCUGACUCCAUACCGAAACCUAACCAAUCCAAGAACGAAUAGAAGGCAGUGAGCUAAUCAGAGGCAGAGGAGGGCGGGUCAUGCCUUCACUGGAGCAGGCUUCAUAAUUUAGCGGGCAGCGGACUUAAUGUAGUUAAUUAACAGUUCAAUGCACUUUAAGAAAGAAUUAUGUUAUUGUAGGUUAAGGGUUUAAGCGGUUGUAAUUAAUCACUGGUUUAAUUCACCACCCAGGGUGCAUGCAAAGGGACACAAAUCAAACGCACCCACCUGUUGAGUGACCUUUAGGUUCGCCUCCCAGAUCAGGAUAAAUGCUAAAAUGCUCGGUGUUGUGGAGGAACUUUUUACUUUCCGGUGCGGCUGCAGAGCUUCUUUCAGCUCAAAAUGUUUGAAAACUUUGAGGAGUGCAGUGGGAGCAGAGAAGGUGAACCUGGAGCAGGUGUGGAGGAUUGCAUGGUGUCCUUCAGACAGACAUAUUGGCUGGCUUGAAGGAACGAAUAUGGAUGGAUGCUUCCCAAACACUAAGAAAUCGAAGGACGAGUGUGUGACCCUGAAAGACUCCAUUUAGAGGGAUGUUCAGGAAGAUUAAUAAUGUGUUCCAUCCCAACCAUCACAGACACAGAGGGCGGGAUGGAGGUGGUGGUGGUAUUGGUGGUGGUGGUGGUGGUGGUGGGUUUCGUUCCGAGCAGGACUACCACAACGCCUGCACCGUCAGGCUGGUCCGCAGCACCUCCAUGCUUGUGGUGGGAGAGAAAACUCAGUCAGCCGUGGGCUCGACUUUGAAACGGAGCAAAAGCACAGUGAGCAUCGAGUCGACCUUGUACUACUAUCAGAGACAAGAGGACAGGAUAUGGCUCUACUCUCAGAAUCAGAACUGCCUGGAGUACCUGGAAGCACUCGUGGCUUUGAGACGGCAAUACACAAAGAGUGUGAGUGACUUGAAAAGUAGCGACGCCAAGGCCACGGUGUCCUCCAAGAAGAAGCCUGCACCCCCGCCGCCGCCGCCGCCUACAAAGGUAGAACCGAUAUCAAGAGCCAAACCCUCUGCUCCUCCAGUCCCCAGCGAGGAGGACACUUUGCAGUUCUUUGAUGAGGUCAUCGCAGGCUGCGACAACGAACCGCUGCGCAAACCGUACAUGGAUGAUGGACACGCAGAUGUGGACUUCAUAGUGGCCUCCAGCUCGGCCGAACACGACCUCCACUCUAACUGGGUCAUGCGGGUUCCUCGGGUCGCGGACGACUCCAAGCAGAAAGCAGCUCAUGACUGUGCCAAGGAAAGCACCCGAAAGAAAAAAAACCAGAGCGGGUCCACAAGCAGCCGACUGCGGCUGCAGAGGAACCCGAUCCAUCUGCCCAAAGUGGUGGAGAGUGCAUUCAAGACUCUGCGCUUCAAGCCCAAAUUAAAAAAGCAGUGAAGCUUGAUAGACAUUUGAAACCAGCAGCACUGCCACGCUGCUGACAUAGAGCUCAACCUAGUUUGUAUGGACAAACACCAUGCUCUGCUAAAACUCCAUCCGGACAAUCAAUACUUACAUCAAAUAUUUAAAAGGAAUUUUAAUAAAGCAAAAAUCUGUCUAGCCGAUGA